CACACGUACGGGGUGAGACGUGCGCUGGUUGGUGUGUUGGUUGUAUAUUGUUUUGAAAAGUGUCGCGGCGCGCGCGGACGCACGCGACGCAUCACGUCACGUCACGUCACGUCACGUCACGUCACAUCACAUCGCGUCGCGUCACAUCGGAUCCCAUCGCAUCGCAUCGCAUCGGAUCAGUCGCGAGGCGCCAAGUUGAAUCGGAGUACAUCGGCGAGAUCGUGUCCCUCUAGACGAGGUAGAGCGAGCGAAGUGUACAUCCUUGUGUCUCCUUGGGUCGUCCGUAAUAACGGUGCAUACGUCCGUCGCCUCCAGCGUUUCUUCGUCUUUCCGCUGCGUGAAUAUUCCAUCCGUCCAUCCAUCCAUGCGUGCGUAAACGCGACGGGAACGAACGCGGGAAAAGCGUGCGUGGGGUAAUGCAUGCGACAGGCGUCGCGGCGCGACGCGCGACGAGGAAGUCGUCCGAGGGAGGCCGGUGAGUGUCGCGGAGUGACGAAAAACCGAAGGAAGGUAUCCCUUCCGUGAUCCUCGUGCCCGACGGCGGGACUAUCGUGAAAUCGCGAGGACGCGUGAAACGACGUGUAAUCAAUCCAACCCGGGGGUCAGGAGUGUCAGUAGUGCGUUGUCGUCGUCGGACUACGCCGACGACGACGGGAGAAAAGGUGGAGGAGAAGAUCAGUGCCGUCGCGCGGAGGAAACUUGAGGGGAAACCCGACGUUUUGUGUCGUUUUGUCGUACGAUCGCUGUUGAACUCGCUCCGAUAAUCCCGGAGGAAGGCAACGUCCUAUCUUCGCCACCGCGGCUUGGAUGGAUACUGUGCAUUAUUUCUGGAGUGUACCCACGUCGCCGUCAUCCUGACCUGCCCGAGAAAUCCUCAUGAAAGACUGGGAACUCAGUACUCAGAAUAGCAUCGGCAGUGCGGUGGCUGCAGCCGACACCAUUUCCGCGCCGUGGACCCCCGCGAGUUCCGGGCCGCCGCCCGACGCCAACGGCUCCGGCUCGGAUACGAAGAACCUCGACGUUGGCGAAAUUAGCGAUGACGAAAAGGACUUGUCGGCAGCGGACGCGGAGGGUGUGUGGUCGCCGGAUAUCGAACAGAGCUUCCAGGAAGCUCUUACCAUAUAUCCGCCAUGUGGUCGACGCAAAAUCAUCCUUUCCGACGAAGGGAAGAUGUACGGUCGCAACGAGCUGAUCGCCCGUUAUAUCAAAUUGAGGACCGGUAAGACGAGAACGCGAAAACAAGUAUCCUCGCACAUACAGGUUCUCGCGAGAAGAAAACUUCGGGAAAUACAGGCAAAACUCAAAGUGGAUCAUGCCGCCAAGGAGAAGGCGCUCCAGACAAUGUCAAGCAUGUCAAGCGCCCAAAUAGUAUCAGCUGGAAGCGCGAUACACAACAAGAUGCCCCUCAUGGGCGGGACCCUUGCCCUUCAUGCUUCCACCCCUGUCUCCUAUCCCGGAGCGCAAUUUUGGCAGCCAGGCCUGCAACCAGGAACGUCCCAGGAUGUCAAACCCUUCCCUCAGCCCGCUUACACAGGAAAACCUGCGACAGCGGUCUCGAGCGGUGAUUUGGUCCAAGCGCAGCCUGCACCACCAUGGGAAGGACGUGCUAUCGCGACUCACAAGCUCAGGCUUGUCGAGUUUUCGGCCUAUAUGGAACAACAAAGAGAACAGGAGCUUUACCAUAAACACCUGUUCGUCCAUAUAGGAGGUUCCGCGACAUACGCCGAUCCGCUAUUGGAAGCGGUCGAUGUUAAACAGAUAUAUGACAAAUUCCCGGAAAAGAAGGGCGGUCUUAAAGAACUUUACGAUAAAGGACCGCAAGCGGCUUUCUUCCUCGUUAAGUUUUGGGCUGAUCUCAAUAGUAACAUCCAAGACGAAAGUGGAGUAUUCUACGGCGUCACGAGCCAGUACGAGAGCAACGAGAACAUGACGAUAACAUGUUCGACGAAGGUAUGCUCUUUCGGAAAGCAGGUAGUAGAGAAGGUAGAGACGGAGUAUGCCAGGUUUGAGAAUGGCAGGUUCGUUUACCGUAUUAGCCGUUCACCUAUGUGCGAAUAUAUGAUUAAUUUCAUUCACAAACUGAAGCACCUGCCAGAGAAGUACAUGAUGAAUAGCGUUCUCGAAAAUUUCACCAUCCUUCAGGUUGUCACGAACAGGGAUACGCAGGAAACGUUAUUGUGUACGGCAUAUGUGUUCGAGGUAUCGGCAUCUGAACACGGUGCUCAGCAUCACAUAUACAGAUUGAUCCAAUCCAUGGACUAGCCUGCUUGAACCUGCUCGCCAUGCAGCCAUCCACCCCCAUCAGUGCCUACCAUCACAUAAAGAUCAUCCAUACACAUAUACACAUAUGAUUAUAUUGUGAAAAUACAAUAUAUGCAUACAGCAGAGUUCCUCUAUUCUAAAGUUAUUGGAGUCAAGUAAUGUCGAGCAUUUCUUCUAAUCUUCCCUUUACUUCUUAUUCUUAUUCCAAAUGACACGAACAGAUUGGAAAUGUUAUUGCACAGUAUACUUUGUCCUCACUGUAUUAUUGUGUCGAAUAUGACAUUGACAAAAUGGAGAAACAGUAAGCAAUAGCGUAAAAAGAGAAAUUUAGUUUAGAGGAAUUCAGCUAAUUUAGAAUAGAAGAAUACUUAGAAUAGAGGAAUUUGAUUGUGCGAUAUGAUGCGUGAAUAUGUGAGUGUAAACAUGCUUACACUUAUACAAAAAUAUUUUCGCGUCCAUAGGAGAGUUUCGAUGGAAAAUAUUCGGUCGAUGACAUAAAAAUUAUGGAAAAUCAUCCUAUAAACAGAUGUAAAUACUGAGUAAAUAAUAGAUGUUAUAAUAAAACAUCCUCUAUAUACAAUUAUUAUAAUAUUG